AUAAUUUGAAAUGACAAGGUUUUAGGAUAUUUAUCCACCACGAUCGAGUUUUUGAAUAAUUUGAAAUGAGUUUUGGUAUAAUUUCACGACUUUUUAGUUUUAUUAUUGAUUGUUGAUAUACACAUUGACAUUAUGGAUUAUGUUCUUUUUCUGGGUGCAGAAUCAAUGACAUGGUAGAUUUUUGUGAACCCUAGCUUCCUCAAUUUGUAGUUUCUGGGUUUGAUGAUAUAAAACAAGUUUAAUCUGCUCAGGGAUCAUUGGGCAUAAGCAAGCAAUGUGUCUGGGUGUUGUCCUCAUGGAGUAAGAGACUGAUGAUGAAAGGAAAACAUGAGAAUUUUCUGAGGCUUGAAGAUUCUUAAAAAUGAUGAUGAGAGAGAGCAGAGAUGUAAAGCCUAUUCUAUUGAAAGUAGGGUUCGCUCUAACUCUUUCUAUAGCUGGAUAUCUCAUCUCUCGCAUCAGAAUCAGAAGAAUCAACAAUCCGUCUGAAAGUAGGAUUCACUCAGACCAACCUUCAGGUUAUGAAAGUGAUGUUAGUUCAAAUAAAACUCAACUCAAACAUGAUCUUCCUUCCAUAAAGCUAGUAUCUAGAUCAAGUUCUUGCAACAGUUUUUCAGAUGCACAUUUUCUGGAUACGGAAGAAUCGUUCAUCAAGGAGGUGAUCAUCAGUAAUACGACACCUAGGUCGAAAUUAGAAUCUCCUCCUAAAGCAUAUGUAACUCCAGAAAAGGAUGACUAUGAUCAAGAGAUGAAGAAUCUCAAGAACAUUAUCAGAAUGCUUCAAGAGAGAGAAACGAGUCUCGAGGUUCAAUUGCUCGAUUACUAUGAUCUUAGAGAGAAAGAAACGGCAGUAAUGGAGCUUCAAAACCGUUUGGCGAUAAGCAAUAUGGAGGCGAAAAUGUUGGAUCUGAAGGUAGAGAAUCUGAUGUCUGAGAAUCGAAGGCUAGAAGCACAAAUGGCGGAUCAUGCGAAACUUGUGGCAGAGCUUGAGUGUUCGAAAGCGAAAGCGAAGCUACUGAAGAAAAGAAUUAAGCAUGAAGCUGAAGAGAACAGGGAGUUGAUACGGAACCUUCAACAAAAAACUAUAAAAUUGCAAGAAGAUCACAGAGAUGCUGGUAGUGAUGAAGACUUACAGAAAAAGCUGCAGAAGUUGAAGGAUUUAGAGACUGAAGCAGAGGAAUUGAGGGAGUCGAAUUUUAGAUUGCAGAUAGAGAAUUCAGAAUUGGCUCAAAGAUUGGAUUCUACUCAGAUCCUUGCAAAUGCUUUUCUUGAAGAUCCAGAGAAAGAUGCUCUCAAGGAAGAGACCGAACGUCUGAAACGAGAGAACGAGAACUUGACGAAGGAGAUUGAGCAGCUUCAAGCAGAUCGAUGUUCAGAAGUUGAAGAAUUGGUCUAUCUUCGAUGGGUUAAUGCUUGCUUGCGAUAUGAGCUCAGAAAUUAUCAGCCGCCACCUGGGAAAACUGUUGCAAGGGACCUCAGCAAAAGUUUAAGCCCUACCUCUGAGAAGAAAGCGAAACAGCUCAUACUUGAAUAUGCAAAAUCUGAAGGAACAAUGGACUUUGAUUCGCCUUCAGAUCAAUGGUCAUCUUCUCAGGCUUCUUCUCUUACAGACGCUGAUGAUUGCUCUCCUUUUGGAAACUCAUCAUCAUCUGUUCCCAGAAUCCAAACUUCAAACAAGAACAAGUUUUUUCACAAACUUAGAAGACUGAUCAAAGGCAAAGAUAGCCAGCACCAUCAUGUUCAGCUUUCACCUGGGGAAAAAUGUGGGUCUCAAAAAAGCAAUUCCCCACAGUUCUGUUCAAGCGGAUCCACUGGGAAUGACACGUGCCGAAGGAAUGAACUUGACAGUACUCCAUGUAGGAUAUACAGAAGUUCCUCUGAUUUCCACAGGUUGGCGAUUCUAAAGGAAGAAGAAGACAGCACAAAUUCAGAUACAGUAAAUAUAGAGAAAACUCCCUUAAUGAAAUAUGCAGAGGCUUUAAAAGACUCCGGCACAUCUUCCAAUGCCAAACGUGGCUUUGGAAGAAGAUCAGCAUCAUAUAGUUCAUUUUGA